UUACGUAGCUAGCUAAAGACGUGGGUCAGAUCACCAACCACGCUCCUCUCCUUCAAAAGAUGUAAUUUUCUAUUCACAUUUGGAUUUUUAUUCAGGGAACCUUACUUAAGAAUCGUGUUGAAAUGCCGCUGAAGUGCACGUCAGGGCCCACCUGGGACCUAGGACCAGUUUGGACCACGCAAGGUGGGGCUUUCACAGCCUAGCUGGCCUGCUCUAGCCUACUUUGUAGAGUGAUUGCUGACACCCAACCUCCAGGAAGGGUUUGAGCCGGGGCGGCACUGACCCACUGGGAUGUUACGGAAGAGCAGCAGCGGCACUGCUGGUUUGGGAGGAGAAAAUAACACUAAACAGAACAAACCCUGCUCCACCUGCUCCUCCCGCCUCUGCAACCCCAACACCGGCUCACUCUCGGCUGGCUCGACCAAGGCCUGGGACAUCGGCCAGAGCUCCAGGCCCGCCAACCCCCUGGGGUGUAUGGGGCUAGGCUACAACAGUUUGGGGUCGGGGUCCGGUUUGGCCGGGGGCCCUGGCGUGGAUCCGGACUAUGUGAUGCAGCUUGUGAACGACGUGCGGCGGUUCGCUGAUGUGCUGCUCAGCCUUAAAGAAGCCUUCCACUCCAAAGAAAGCCACGAUGAUCUCCCCCAGCGCGUGCAGGAGCGCUUGGCAGAGCUGCUCCGUGUCCUCAAGUCUGUCAUCGGCAAACACCAGACCCUGAACUCUGCCGACAUCCUCGGGUCUGCUGGCACCGUUAUCGCCAAGGUCAAAGGCAUUAACUUCAAGGAUGUGAACCAAGAAAACAAAAACACUGUAUUUGGCGAGAUAUACGCGUCCAUUGACACAUUGGCAUUCACCUUUGGCAAUGUAGUGUCUGACUUCCUUAUGGGAGAUGUGGACAGCCAAUCCGGCUUGGGGAUCCCCCAGACCAGAAGAAGCAGGUCUUUUGAGAAUCUCUCUUUGGAAAGUGGGGAGGGUGUUUCAGAGAAGAAUGACCUUGUGUGCCCAGGGGGGGCGCUGUCUAAAGAGGAGGAGGUUGACCUGGUUCUGCAAAAGAAUGACAACGGAGUGGAGUCGGCUCUGCUCUAUGCCAAGGCCUGGUCCAAGUACACCAAGGACUUACUGGCCUGGGUCGACAAACGACUUGGAGUGGACAUUGAAUGUGCCAAAAGCUACGCCAAACUGGCGGAAUCCGCGAAGACGCUGUUCAGCCAACAGGAUUACAUGCCGUUCAGGGAUAUGUACAUGUCCACGUUUAGAUGCGACAUGGAGUACAGCCAGCUCCUCAUUCAGACUGCCAACGCCCUGCAAACCAACAGAUUCAUCCAGCCUCUACAGGCCCGGAAGAAUGAGCUGGACAGACUACGGAAGGACAUCAAAGAACAGUGGCAGAGGCAACAGAGGAAAAUGCAAGAGUCCGAGAUGGCGGUACGCAAGGCUGGCCUGACCCAGGCCCAACGGAGGGAGGAGUACCAGAAGGCCCACUCCUCCGCCAACCGCUCCCAGGAAGAGCCCAACAAGCAGCUGGACAGGAAGAGGAGGCAGGAGGAGGAGGCUCUACAGAAGGUGGAGGAGGCGCGGGAGCAGUACAGAGCGUGCGCCGCUGAAGCGGGAGUCCGGAGGGCUGAGCUGGCUGAAACCAAGACGGCCAUCCUCACCCAGAUCAGAGAGCUGCUGGCUCAGUGUGACCUCACCCUGAAAGCUGUGACGGUGAACUGGUGUCAGCUCCAGCGUGGCCAGACGGCAUCCCUCCCGCUCCACUACCAGGCUCAGUGUGAUGGUGCUAAGCUCUACGAGCCGGGCCAGAGGUACGCCGAGUUCGUCCGGAACCUGCCUAAAGAACGGUUCCACAUGGAGUCCUUAUCCACGGACGGGCGGUUUCCCAUGUUCAACAAGCGUUCCCUGGGUAGCACCAGCUCCUAUGGAAACCUCUCCCAUGUGUCCCUGACCUCCGAGGUAGACAGUCCUCUGGGCUCGAGGUCUGGUGAGAGGUCCAACAGCGCCACAGACGUACCAGAUCUGAAAGGGGGACAGGGCCCGGUGAAAGGCUGGCCGUCAGGAGUUCAGGACAGAGGGAUGUGUAGUGAUUCUGAGAGUGCCGGAGGAAGCAGUGAGUCCCGCUCCAUAGACUCCCCCACUGCCAGCCCAGGUGACUUUAAACGCAGACUGCCUAGAACCCCCUCCACUGGCACCAUGUCUUCGGCAGAUGACCUGGACGAGAGAGAACUGCCAUCACCCUCGGACAACGGUCUGGGUGAGAUGGUGACGGAGACGGCCAGUUCCCCGGGACCUUUCCGCAACGCCCAGAUGUCCAAGGCAUCACAGACACACAAGCUGAGGAAGCUCAGAGCUCCGUCCAAGUGUCGGGAGUGUGACAGCUUAGUGGUGUUCCACGGCGCCGAGUGUGAAGAGUGCUCCUUGGCGUGUCAUAAGAAAUGUCUGGAGACUCUGGCCAUCCAGUGUGGCCAUAAAAAGCUGCAGGGACGGCUGCAUCUGUUUGGGAUAGACUUCACCCAGGCAGCCAAGAACAGCCCAGACGGCAUCCCGUUCAUCAUCAAGAAGUGUACCUCAGAGAUCGAGAGCCGAGCGCUCAACCUCAAGGGCAUCUACCGGGUCAAUGGUGCCAAGUCUCGCGUGGAGAAGCUGUGUCAGGCGUUUGAGAACGGAAAAGACCUGGUGGAGCUUUCGGACCUUUCACCCCACGACAUUGGCAACGUGCUCAAACUUUACCUGAGACAGUUGCCCGAGCCUCUGAUCCUGUACCGUUUCUACAACGAAUUCAUUGGGCUGGCAAAGGAGUGCCAAAGGGUGAUCAUAGAAGAGAAGGCUGCCGCUAGAGCCCUCCAGAACCAGGAACAAGGCAAGCCAGGGGACGAACAACCUCAGCCAGGAGGCCCCCAGCCUUGCUUAGAGGGAGAACAACCACCCCUGAGAACCAGCCAGCCUGAAGGUGGAUUGGAGCUGCCCAAACAACCCAGUAUAAAACUCAACAGAGUUGUCUUUAAGAUCAGAGACCUGUUACGACAGUUGCCCUCAGCACACUACAGGACCCUACGCUUCCUCACAGCCCACCUGCACAGGGUGACAGAGCAGUCGGAGGAGAACAAGAUGACUGCCAGUAACCUGGGAAUUAUAUUUGGUCCUACGCUGGUCAAACCCAGACAGACGGACGCUGAGGUUUCCCUGUCCUCUCUGGUUGACUACCCCUACCAGGCUCUGAUGGUGGAGUUGAUGGUUCGUCAUUUCGAGAUGAUCUUUGACGUGGCCAGCCCAUCUUCCCCUUCCUCCCCCCUCCCAUCCCCCCUCCCCAACACCACAACCUCCACGUUGGGCCAUGCCUCCCCCCGACUCCUCCCUCAGGAGCAAAGACUGAACCGCCACUCCACCUCCCUACUGGACAUCAAGGAGAGCACCAAAGUCUCCAAGAGGUAUUCAUCAGUGGUUCCGACCUCGCACACCGCGGGCGAGGUGAAGACAGGUGGUCCUGGCCAAGACAGAUGGUUAACAGCCCUGGAGAGACUCAACGGUGUCGGCUCGUCUGCCACAGUGGCCGGCUCUGCUACCGAGGUCAAGAGAUCGACGUUGGUGUUUGGUCGUCCGAGCCUCAACCAUUCCUCCUCCUCAGCUUCCAUCCCUAACGCUGCCCCGCAGGUCCAGCUUCGCCCCCAGCGUUCUAGAAUGACGUCCCGACCAAUCAGCAUGCCCCUAGAGCGCCUUCCCCACCCCGCCCCCUCCCAGAUCGUAGAGCGGAACGGUCGGAGCACCACCACCACCGACACCAUCACAGAGUCUCCAGAGCCGGAUAAAGAGCCAGAAAAGGAGCGGUUCAGGAGCGGUGUUGGGUCAAGGGUCAGUACACAUUACAUCACUCCCUUCAUCGAAUCCCAGGUCAUGCAGAGGAAGACCUGGGACAAGAAGUACAAACACUAUGAUGUCACGCCCCGUACCGCCAUGAUCAUGGCUAACAUCCCGGCAGCCGGGCCCGUCCCACAGCUGACGACGCCGCCCCAACCGUCCACACUGGGACCGGCCAGCUCUGCUCCGCCCACCGGCAGCAGUGUCAUGCCUGUGCUAGCCAACAACCUCCACACUGUGUCGGUCAAGGCCGGCCAGACGUCCAGACUAAGAGACAAAGAGGAGACUAAGGAUAGGUCUCUUUCACUUGGUGGAGCUGCUGGGGUAAUUUCAACCACUGCAAGCUCUCCUUUAACGUUUAGACAACCGCGGACUAUGCAGCCUCCACCCGGAACCUUCUACAAGCCUCCUGGCUCGUCCGGGACCCGAGGUUGGCCGUCAUUCACUGGGAGCACCGGCCAUACCAAUACGUCCCCAACUUCUCCUAAUGUUAAAACCUCAUCCUCUCCCACUGAUAAAACCUUCUCAUCCUCUCCUACUAUUAAAACUUCCUCAUCCUCUCCCAUGGUUAAAUCCUCAUCCUCUCCUUCUGUUCUAAACUCAUUAUUUCUAGCGGUUCCAUCCUCAUCCUCUCCCACGGUUCCCCCCUCAUCCUCUCCUUCUGUUCAAACCUCAUCCUCUCCACCUGUUACUGCACCUCUCCUCUCUUCCUUCCAUUCCUCCACCAUCACCUCCUCCUCGUCUCCCGUCGUUAGCACCACCAGCCCCACUUCCCCUAACGCCUCACCCACCAGUGGGACAACAAACCUCUCCAUCCACUCUCCACAGGACUCAGUGGACAGUUCCGUCAGUGGUGAGUUCAUGACCUCAGCUGACCUUUCUCCCCCCCAGUCUCCUCCCCCCAGCAGCCCGGAGGACCAUAGCCCCACAGAGGUCAAACCAUUGCAUCCCAGACUGAGACAGCGACCCCGGCCUCACCUGCAGGACCUGGAACACAGGGAGGCCCACUUCGUAUGAACCUUGACCCCGAGACGGUUUCGCCGACGUGCGUUAAGGCCCGUCCUAGCCAGUGGAUUCUCCAUUGGAAGCACUUCUUAGUCCUGGACUAAAUUUUCUUUCGUCUUUGUCUGGGAAUCUGGCCCCAAAGAAUGUAUUCUUCGGGAGUGUGAAGACACAUAAUUGACAUCACACAUGGGGAGGCUUCUUUCUGCUCAGAAACAGGAACCACGGCACCGUUGGCCAAUGCUGCAGGGAUUAUUUCUUCCCUAUCUGGGCGUAGCUCACGGGAGGGUGCACGUUUAGCUGAGUCGUGGCUGUCUGGGCGGAUUUUAAUUAUUGUUGAUGUGUUGUCUGGGGGCAGGAAGUUGCCACAGCUAUGUGUAAUGAUGUAAGUACAUAGCGAGGAACUCGGCCACGCUGUCUAUAACGAUGUCAUAUACCUACCUUUAAUGCCAAAUGUUUUUUUGUAUGAACUGUUUUGUGUAGGCCUGUAAAUACGAUAUCUCUGUGCCAUAUUGUAUAUUGGAAAAAGGACUUAUUUUUCUGUCACAGUAGGUGAGUGAAAGGGAGACCAUUAAAGUGUUCUGUGUUUUUAAUAUAUUCUCUGAAGCCUGCACAGUGGCCAGGCAGUCUCCUGACAUUUAGAUAACACAUUAAUGAACUAUUCUAUCUGGUGUGUAACAUAUUCAACUUGUCUUUCUUAGCGUCCAGUUUUAUAUCUGAGUGCGUCGUCUAUCAGCAGGUGAUAUCCCUCAAGCGACAAUUCAUAUCUGGUUUAGUCGUUGCUGGUUUAGUCGUUGUGCGGUCUGUAGUAAGACAAUGGUCUGAAUGUCUGUCCAUCUACAUGUCCCUCCCUCAAGGACCUGCUGCUGUGCAAAACAAAUGCACUGAUUGAAGUGCUGUCCUGAAUCCCACUCUAUCUGAAUUUGAUUUAAUUCUUUGUGAAAACUUGUUUUGUCAAAUCCCUAGUAAAUCCUCUUUUUUAGUCCCACCUGGAUUCUACCAGCUGUAACUGGAAUAAUUUUUGGGACUUGCAAAAUAAACUGGAAUAAAUCAAUAAAAGCAUAUAAUUCCUUUAAGUAAUUUUAUAAAACAUAACUAUUAAUUUCUUCAUAAACUAAUUCAUAAAAUAAUUAAAUAUAUUUUAUAUUAAUUAAACAGUGCAUGAAAUUCUCAUUUGCUCCUGUUCUGUAUGUAAUGUAUUUUUUUGUAAUAUUGUACUUGUUUUUAAAAUGUUAAUAAUGUAAGGACCCUAUGUUACAUUCUAUGGAAAAUGCACGUCAGGACCAUGUGUUACAUUCCAUGGAAAAUACACGUAAGGACCAUGUGUUACAUUCCAUGGAAAAUGGACGUAAGGACCAUGUUACCUUCCAUAGAGAAUGAAUGGAAGGACCCUGUAUUACAUUCCAUAGAGAAUGAAUGGAAGGACCCUGUAUUACAUUCCACAGAGAAUGGAUCAUUCAUUUUUUUUAUUUCCCAUAAUCCAUUUCAGAUUAGUACCUGAUGCUUCUCGCAAAUCAUAUGUAUGCAUUUGUUUACGUUUUAUAUUCAGAAGUAAACCUUGAAACUGGACGUUAUGUAGCAGUUAAUUAUUUGUCGAUUUAUUGUGACUGUACAAAAAGACAGGAAAAAAUGUCUUGCAUCAAAUUAAAAGUAAAGUUAAGACUUGA